CCAUGUCUCUGACCAAGGCCGAGAGGACCAUCAUCAUAACCAUGUGGAGUAAGGUCUCCACACAGGCCGACAGCAUUGGCACCGAGGCCCUGGAGAGGCUCUUCGCCAGCUACCCCCAGACCAAGACCUACUUCCCGCACUUCGACCUGCACCCGGGCUUGGCGCAGCUGCGCACGCACGGCUCCAAGGUGGUGGCCGCCGUGGGCGACGCGCUCAAGAGCGUCGACAACAUCUCGGGCGCGCUGUCCAAGCUGAGCGAGCUGCACGCCUACAUCCUGCGCGUGGACCCGGUCAACUUCAAGCUCCUGUCGCACUGCCUGCUGGUGACCGUGGCCACGCGCUUCCCCGCCGACUUCAAGGCCGAGGCCCACGCCGCCUGGGACAAGUUCCUGUCCAUCGUGUCUUCCGUCCUGACCGAGAAGUACCGCUGA